AUGAGUGACAACGUCAAAGAAGUUAACGGCACAAUUGUGACCAAUACCGAUGUGACGCCCCCAGAUGACUGGACAAACAACUACGAAGACAUGGGUGGUGACAUGAUGUGGGGUGAAUUCGGCGAUGUCUCCGAGAUAACCAAGGGAUAUGGUCUCGAUGGCACGGUCAAGCCCCUCUUUGCCAUGCAACCCUACACGGGAGAGGCUAUCUCUCUUUUCGAGCUCAGCGGAAAACACUACCUCUACAACGCCAUUGAAGGAUCGCUGUACCAGGUUAACCAGCCCAAUGACCUUCAGAGUAUUGUGUCGACAAUUGAUGAUCCGGAAAAGGGUAUGGCUUUCCUUGAAAUUGAGGCCUUCUAG